GUGACCGUAAAGGAAUGACCCUUCUCUCGCGCUCUCUCUCUAUGAACCACAAAAAAAUUCAGUCCAAACAAACAAGAAUCGAAUAUCUAUUCUCUCCAAUCUAUUCAGCUUUACAAAUUUGCUGUCCCAAUCUUCAAUCAGCGCUUGGUUCAGGGUUCCCCCCCAAAGCAGUGUUGUUGGAGGAAGAGGGUCUCUCUACUAUCUUGGAUUAGGCCUAGAUUGGGUCCAUUUGGUGGUUGACUUCAAUAAUUAGGGUUUUGAAUCCCUGUUUGGUUAGGAUUGGGAGAUACUUGUCGCGUUCAAUCUGGGUGGUUUUGUGGGGGGAUCCAUUCAAAGUUUUGGUCCACUCAAGAAGGGUUGCUUUCCAAGGUAGAGAUCUGUUUGGAAUAAGCUGUUUUAGUGGUAAAGAUGGUGGAAUCCAUUGCUGCAACAUCCUUUUUGGGGCACCGACCUGUAUUUGGAGGGCACAAUUCCAAGGAAAUCUCAAUUAGGAGGAGGCUAUUCGAUGUGCCCCAGACCCCUGUAACACAAUUUUUUGGUAAAAAGGUGCUCUGUACACCGCAGCCCCCUCCUCCUUCGAGAUUGAGAAGUGAUAGUAUGGCAGUUCUGUUGAUUAAGGCUCAAGCAAUGGAACUGACAAAGGAGGCCUAUUCACCUCGAGAAGGAGAUAGAAUAACUAGGGAUUUUGGGUAUCAGAUUGAUACUGGUGUAGAUAAAAAACCUGGGUUAUGGCCACCAGAGAAUAAGGCAGAUAACCCCUCGCUACACAACCCGUUACUCAGACAAGAAAGGAUGGGUAGUGGGUGGUUAGGUGCCAUCUUUGAAUGGGAAGGAGUUUUAAUUGAAGACAAUCCUCAUAUUGAGAAGCAAGCCUGGCUUGCUCUUUCGCAGGAAGAAGGAAAAUCUCCUCCCCCAGCUUUUCUACUUCGUAGAAUAGAAGGUAUGAAGAACGAGCAGGCUAUUUCUGAAGUCCUCUGCUGGUCAAGAGACCCAGCUCAGGUGAGAAGAAUGGCUUCUAGGAAGGAGGAGAUUUACCAAGCUUUACACGGUGGGAUAUACAGAUUUCGGUCUGGAUCGCAGGAGUUUGUGAAUGUCCUGAUGAAUUACAAGAUACCUAUGGCAUUGGUUUCAACUCGGCCAAGAAAAAUUAUUGAAACUGCAAUUGGAGUUAUUGGAAUUGAAGGGGUCUUUACCGUUGUUGUAGGAGCAGAGGACGCCCAUCGAGGGAAGCCUGAUCCUGAGAUGUUCAUGUAUGCAGCUCAGCUUCUAAAAUUCAUACCUGAGCGAUGUAUUGUGUUUGGAAACUCAAACCAGACGGUGGAGGCUGCUCACGAUGCACGGAUGAAAUGCGUGGCUGUUGCUAGCAAGCACCCCAUGUAUGAACUUAGUGCUGCAGACUUGGUGGUGAGGCACCUAGAUGAGCUUUCUGUAGUUGAUCUGAAGAACCUUGCUGACAUUGAAUUGUCCGAGUUCGGAUCUGUUGAGCCGGAGCUGGAGAUGGAGAAGGAAGAGGAUGAGCCCUAUCCCUCCUCAUCUGUGGCCGUUGAUGAUGAUUUCUGGUAAUGUCUCCUCAAAUGUACAGUAUUUAUGCUUCAUGCAUUAAUCUAAUUCUUUGUGAUGAAAAUUAAGUCUAUCAGCUAUCCUGUGUAUAAGAAAUAGGUAACAUUCAAAAAAGUACAAAAAGAAAAUGAAAUGGUGGCCUACAACUGACCAUCUCAAUAUCAUGUGUAUGUUCUAUCUGUGCUACUAUAUAUAAAUGUAUAUUUGGGACUUGCUUGCGCGUUUU